AUUACACAUGCUAUAUUCAUUCGUCCACAUAUAGUAUUAGAUUCCGAUUCAUUAUGUGAUAAAGUUUUAAAUCACGGAAAGAUAUUUCUGAUGGUUGCAACGAUAGCUGAUCUUCUAAUAGAUGCUUAUUUCGCAUUUCGUUUGAUCCAACAUUUUAGAGGAAAACAGAAUUCAACCAAAGACGAACAACCCUAUAAUUAUUGUGAUUUACGGAACCCGUUACUAGUCUCGAUAGCAUUCGCAAAACAUUUAGGCAAUAUAAUCUUAAGUAUCGAAUUUGUAUAUCCAAUCAUUGGUUUCACGAUUCAAACCAUCCUUUUCAUUCUCUUAUCAUGCGUGGUAACCUACAACGUAGAAAAUUCCCAAAGUUCAAAUGAUUUAAAUGAUUUAGAAAAUGAAAAUGAAAAUCAUGAACAU